AUGUCGACUUAUCCGCUGCGAGGCGUCCUCUACUUCCUGGGAGACCAGCGUCUCUGGCGCUUGUCCGUGUGCCCCGUGCUGCUGACAAUGGCCGUGGCGUUGGGCGUGGCCAUCACGCUCUUCACCUUGACGCUGCAUCGGCAAGAAGAGGCUCUUUAUAACGCCGGACUCUCCACGUUCUUCGCGUGGCUCAUAGCUGUGAUCUUCGUGAUCAUAGAAGUCUUCAUCGUCACCCUCAUCUACGGCCUCGUUACGCUUGAAUGGUACAAGGACAAGAUCUUUGCACACGUCAUGAUCGAGCGUGGUUACCGUGAGCUGGUGGAGAACGAGGAGCGCCACUCGCCAUUCCUGCGGGUGAUGACUUCCUGCUGUCGUGUGAGCAUCUUGCUACGGCUGGGGCUGCUGGUGAUCACACUACCGCUUAAUAUGAUUCCUGUGCUGGGUAACCUCACGUAUGCAUGGCUCAAUGGCACGCUCAUGGCCUGGGAGGCGCACUUGUACUACUUCGAGAUGAAGGCGUUCGAUUUUGACCAGCAAAAGGAAAUUAUUGCCGAUCGGAAGCUUCAGUACUCGGCGUUUGGCAUGCAGGCGAUGCUCCUGGAGAUGAUCCCCAUUGCCGGCGCGAUUUUCAUGUUCACGAAUGCUGCAGGCGCCGCGUUGUUCGCUGCUAGUAUUGAGAAGGACCUGGAAAAGCAGGAGCGUCGAAAGAACAGCAAAUGGCACUGGGGUGGCAAGGACAAGGAAACCAAGAAAAGCCUCGAGGUGGACAAAGUGCCACUUGUCAACAAACUCGGCGCGUAUGUCCCGCCGUAUGGCAGCACCUCGAAGUAA